GAAAUUUCUUGAAGAUCUUGCAAAGGUCGCUAACAUCCGCAGUUAUAUCGUUUCACAGACGAAUUAUGAAUCUAGUAUCACCAUCUCUUCACCUGAUGAAGACAUGGGAAUGCUUCAGGGAACCACCGAAAUGGCACAUCGAAGUAAAGGUGAGUCCAAAUAUCAUACACCAAUAAAUAAAGGAAUAGAUAUAGCAAAGAAUGAAGUAUUUCGAAUAGCUACUAACAAUGUUAUUACAAAUAACAAAGAAGCCAAUACGAAAGUAAAAAUCACUACCACCAAAUCCAUUGAAAUUAAAGGUACUGGUGGGACUAAUUUAAUUCCUUUUUUAAAACAAAUGAGAGAUGAAACAAUGGUUCAAGAGAUUCAGAACUUUUAUGAAUGA